AUGGAGAGCGACUGCCAGUUCCUGCUGGCGCCGCCGCCGCGCAUGUACGCCGCGCCGGGGGACGACGGCCAGUUCCUUCAGCAGCAGCAGCAGCAGCUGAGCGGCGGCGGCGCCGGGGAGAGGAAGCGGCGGUUCACGGAGGAGCAGGUGCGGUCGCUGGAGAGCACGUUCCACACGCGGCGCGCCAAGCUGGACCCCCGGGAGAAGGCGGAGCUGGCGCGCGAGCUGGGGCUGCAGCCGCGCCAGGUGGCCAUCUGGUUCCAGAACAAGCGCGCCCGGUGGCGCUCCAAGCAGCUGGAGCAGGACUUCGCGGAGCUGCGCGGCCAUUACGACGCCCUCCGCGCCCGCGUCGAGUCGCUCAAGCAGGAAAAGCUCACUCUCGCCGCGCAGCUGGAAGAGCUGAAGAAGAAGCUGGACGAGCGGCAAGACCAGAGCGCUAGCUGCGGCGGCUCUUGCGCCGUCGCCGACGUAGACGACAAGAGGGAUAACGUUAGCAGCUGCGUCGCGGCGAAGGAUGAGAGCGCGGCGCCGGCGGCAGACGUGUCGGACGGCUCAACUCCGGGCUGGUACGAGUAUGACGACCACCUGGUGUAUGGGGUUGACCUGCACGAGCCGUUCUGCGCCACUCAGGAGCUGUGGGAGACGUCAUGGCCGCUGGUGGAGUGGAACGCAGUGGCAUGA